AUGGAGCUCUUAUCGUUUUGUGCUAUUUCCAUAGGUGGAUUUUUCGCAAUACUCGUCCUUGUUCGCCUAGCCUCCUUCUUUACUGAAUCUGCAGAUGUCGUAUCUCUUUUUCUUUCGAAGCAUUUGAUUUACCCCUAUUUAGUGGACCGCCACCGGAUUUAUGGCCCUUGGAGUCGAGCUAAUUUCUUGUUAUGUUUUGCAUAUGCUAUAUUGAAUGUAUUCUUCAUAUCAUUCAAUGCUGCCAAUGCAGAAAUCGCUGGCUAUCGAGCGGGGACGCUGGCAGUUAUAAAUUUGGCUUUGUUAAUUCCUACCACGCACUUGGGCUUCCUUGCUGAUAUUAUUGGGCUUUCUUUGGUAGCUUGCAGACGAAUGCACCGGGUUGUUGGUUGGACAUCAGGCAUUCUCCUUGCCUUCCACGUCACGUUGGCCAUGACGGUUCACAAACGUAAAUGGCAGUUGAGUAAUCAAAGCAAUUUGUUUGCUCUUUUUGGCGCUGUGUCCAUGGCCGGUCUUGUGCUUCUUUCUUUACUCUUCAUCCGCCGACGAUUUUUCGAGAUAUUUAUCAGAGCACAUCAGUUGCUUGCCGGAGUUUUUAUUUACUCCACCUGGCGUCAUUUAACGGCCACUGCCUUUGAGCCACGGAUAUAUAUUUGCAUAUCGCUCGGGAUACUAUCCAUUACAACAGUUGUGCAUGUUGCUUUUUUCACGUUUCGAAAUGGGAUCUUUCCGUCACGAUCUCACCCACGCGCAUACAUUACCUGCAAGAAACACAAAAAGGAAUCACGUGAAAAAGCCACACAAGAACCAAACAGUCUUGGCCAAGCGGGCGUGCCACUCAAGAUCCGCGUGGUCCUGCCCCGUCCGAUGAAGGUAAAAGCAGGCCAAUAUGUGAACCUCUGGAUGCCUACCGUGAGCCUUCUUUCUUGGGCGCAGUCCCAUCCGUUCAUGGUGACGUCUUGGUCUCCAGAGAAACAGGAUGUUUUAGAACUCUUCGUGCAAUCACAGCGAGGGCUUACGAUGAGUCUUCAUGCCUGUGCAGCGUUUGAUGGCUUUGCGUCAUACACUGCCUUCGUGAGCGGACCGUACGGUACUAGCCAGUCUACUGAUGAUUAUGAGUGUGUGCUGGCUAUUGCGACCGAUUUUGGAAUUGCUGGGAUCAUUCCAUACCUGAAAAAGCUUUUCUAUGGCUAUAAUACCUCUACGUCAUAUGUGCGUCGCGUACAUUUUGUGUGGAAGGUGCAGACGAAGGAAAUUGCUGUUGCUGCUCAGCCAUUGCUGAAUGAACUUCUUAGUGAUGAUGUUUUGGAUAACGGCUAUAUCUUGAAAAUAUCGUUUUAUUUAGCGUUUGAGAAUCCUAUAAACGCAUUCGGGAACCAUGGCAGGGCAUCUGUGUUCAACACCAGUCCCAACUAUGAACGUAUUGUUUCGGAGGAGGCGUCCAGAAGCCAUAUUGCGAGACUUCUAGUCACAAGCGAGGAACCAGGAAAGACACUUGUCUUGGGUGAGCCUCGUUCUUCUUCGCCGAUGAAUGGUUUAUUGAUGAUUCGCAGUAUCCGCCACCCCUCAAGUGCGAGACGAGUUGAGAGGGGUUGUUUGUAA